AGCAGGUGUGAUUGGAAUGCCUGGAAUGGGAGGAGCCAGAGGACCAAGGGGUGAAGCAGGAAUCUGGGGGCUUCCUGGACUAGAUGGGCCUGAAGGGCCAAAGGGAAAUCCAGGACCUGAUGGUAUGAUUGGACCAACUGGUAUGCUUGGUAUGGAGGGUUUCCCAGGAGAGAAUGGGGUGAAGGGAGACUAUGGCCAGCGAGGUCCUCCAGGUGAAGUGGGCCCUGUGGGUUUAAAGGGGGUCCAAGGACUCAAGGGCCUGGAUGGCCCAGAAGGACUGAAAGGGAAUGCAGGCAAGAAAGGAGCAGUGGGACAGAAGGGUCAUCGUGGGGCAGCCGGCAAGAAAGGAGUGACCGGGCUGGCUGGCGCUGGUGGGCCUCUAGGCAAGAAAGGAUAUCCAGGACCACCAGGAGAACAAGGCCAAAAGGGUCUUGAAGGGCUGUCGGGUCAGAAUGGUCAGAAAGGGCAUAAAGGAGAAAAGGGGCAACCUGGGCAUGAUGGGAUACCAGGUUUCCCUGGCAAUCCUGGCAGAAGGGGCAAACGGGGUAAAGCUGGAUCCAGACCCCCAAGGGGCUCCAAGGGCCCCAAGGGUUCUCCUGGUGAGCAAGGUCUCACAGGACCCCAUGGACUCCAAGGCCCUUAUGGGGCUCCUGGACCCAGGGGAGAGAAGGGAAGAAAAGGACCCAAAGGACGAAAGGGUGACAAAGGCAGCAUGGGAUACCUCGGUCCACCAGGAGAUAUUGGUUUUAAGGGCAAACCAGGACCUGCCGGUGCUCCUGGGAGGCCAGGACCCAAAGGUGAACAGGGUGCUAUUGGUCCACCUGGUUAUCAGGGAUAUGCUGGAUACCCUGGCAUUCUGGGCUCAUCUGGACAAAAGGGCCUCAAGGGCUUAGAGGGCCCCCCAGGACCAAAAGGGGAGUCAGGCCUACCGGGCAUACCUGGCAUGCCUGGCCUCCCUGGUCCUUCGCUGAAUGUGUCACAGGAAGAACUGAAGCAACUGAUCUACUCAGCAAGCACCUUGAACUACGGCAUGGUGUGGAUGCUGAUGGAUAGUCUAGGCCGGGAAUUGAAGCUCCUGGUGGACCCCCCGAAUGGGACCAAGGACUAUCCUGCUGCCUGUUGCAAAGAACUUCUGCUGGCUCAGCCUCGCCUGCCAGACGGCCAUUAUUACAUAGACCCCAACCAGGGCAGUCCGCAAGACGCUUUGUUGGCCUUCUGCAACUUCACUGCUGGGGGAGAGACCUGUGUUUCCCCUGUACAAAAUCAGGUGCCCAUCAAGGCUUGGUUGAGAGCAUACACUUCAGAAGACACCUUCCAGUGGAUCAGUUCCCUGCCCGGAGGCUUCCUGCUGGAGUAUCAGGGCUUGAGCACGGUGCAGCUCCGUUUUCUGAAGCUCCAUAGCAGCCUGGCCUCCCAGAAGGUAUCUUAUUCCUGCAGACCUCAUCAUGAUGGGUCCGGACCACAGCUUGAAAAGGAAAUCAAGUUCCUUGCUGACUCCGGAGAACACAGCUACGUGGCCACACUGCAGGGAUGCAUGCUGGACAAUGAAUCCUCCAUCACAGACACCAUUUUCCGAUUCUCCGCAGAGGAUCUCAGCCUUUUGCCCCUGCGUGAUUUCGCUGUGUUUCACAAUGGGGAUGCCUCCCACCAGUUUGGAUUUACAGUCGGGCCUGUUUGCUUUAGCUAGGAUCGUUUUUAUCCUUUUCUUUCCCCUUGGGGGGGGGGGGGGAACAAAGCUUCAAGACACGGGAGAACACCCAAAAGACUUCAUGCUAUAAUUCUGACUGACUUUGGAAGGCUGUGUUUCCUAUUUAUAAAUGUUGUGCCUGCAGCCUCAUUGCGCUAUGGAGAAAUGUUUCUUUUUGAAGGAUGAAGAAGUAUUGUUUACAUUUACGUGGUGUUGUUUAAAUCCAUUGUUCUAUUUUAUACACUCACAUACACACAUUACAUGUAUAAAAGAUGUUAAUUUAA